CGUAAUGUGUUAAUAAUAAUGUCGAAGCUCAGUGAACCAGCCGAGAGGAACAUAACCUUCCCAACAGAUGGCAAAGCCUAAAUGUCUGCGGUUCUAGGCAACCAUUCUUCUUGCCGUAGUCGAACCGCCAUCAACACCCCGAAGCUCAUCAUAGGAAGAUACUGAUGACGCACAAGCAAGCAGCGGUAUGAGGAAUACCUGGUGACCUUCCACUUCGCUGACGAGUCCGCGCUGCUCAUUCGAGUCACCGCUUUCGUGAAAGUGGGAGGAGGAGCUCUGUGCAGCUAAAACCCCUCGAAGCGCCACUCUCGCUGCUUUUCAUCUAAACCCCCCGAUUAAAAAAGCACAGCCGCGCCAAAUGGAAGAACCGCAAUGGCAACCCGAGACGCCCGCCGAAUGGGCGGAGAGAUGUGCGCAAGAGCAAUAUCACCAAGACGCCACCACGCAGGCCGUCAUCCGAGCAGUGCAAAAGCUGCUGGAACGCGAGUCGCCUCCCGAAGACAUCGCGCGGGAAAUCGCAGAGUUGUACGACGCAGACGUCCGAGCUGAUCCUCAGGGAAAUGGGUACGGGUGCAAAUUCUGGGGCUUGUUCUGCGAUCCCGUCCGACAGUUUGGCGGCUCGCUGGAGCACACGCGCCUCCUCGUCGAUCUGAUUGUCGCCAUCUCCGCCCUGCCCGACAUCCCGGGGACGAGGUUCUCGCAGGGGAUCUACUGGCGAGACUUGCCCGAGUUUGGGUGGAACUUCCGCGAGCUUGCCUUCAUGGAGCUCUUCAGUGAGAUCUUCUACUGUCUAGAAGACUAUUACCCUGACGGCCGUGUCACAGGCGACUGGUACCCCAUCAUCCAACGCUACCUCAACGCAACCACCUUCGCCGCCAUCUUCUUAUCUGCCAGCGACCGCGCCGGCUUCUCCUGGUUCGCAAAAUUGGCUUUAGACGACCAAUUCAUCGCGACGACGGACGUGGAAGAACGGUAUCGGAUUCGAUCGGCAGAGGCGCUCGCCGCCGCGACUUGGAUCGACGUUGGAGGUGCGGGGAUUUACAGGAUCUGUUGCGUUGGGCGGGACGAGCACUUGACGCUGGAGGCAUGGGGUCGGUGGAGAGAGAAGUUUGGUGCGCUUGCUGUUGAGCCCGACCUCGAUGCGAGGAGUCGAGUGGCGGCCGCGCGGGCUUUGAACCAUAUGAUUAGUUUGGAUGGCGUGGGGGAAUGAGUGAUGGGUUCAUGAACCGAGUUUCGUGUGCAUGAAGUGUCAUGAAGGAAUCGGUGUUAAUGAGUAAUGGUUACCAAGGGUGACUGCGCUGCGCUUUUCUCGAGUGAAGUGAUUCCAUCAGCCUUGCAGAAACGUGACGGCGGUUGACAAUCGCAUAUCGAUGUCAAUAAUCACAGCGGAUGGCUGGAGGCGAAUCGCCUCAUUGUCAUCGCGAUCGAUGCAGUCAAACAU